AUGUUCUCCGGAACCUUCUGCUGCCCGUCUGUCUUCAUCUCCUUCCCGCCUUCAACACGUCCUCCUGACAUCAUCCUGCCUUCAACACGUCCUCCUGACACCAUCCCGCCUUCAACACGUCCUCCUGACAUCAUCCCGCCUUCAACACGUCCUCCUGACAUCAUCCCGCCUUCAACACGUCCUCCUGACAUCAUCCCGCCUUCAACACGUCCUCCUGACAUCAUCCUGCCUUCAACACGUCCUCCUGACAUCAUCCUGCCUUCAACACGUCCUCCUGACAUCAUCCUGCCUUCAACACGUCCUCCUGACAUCAUCCCGCCUUCAACACAUCCUCCUGACAUGAUCCCGCCUUCAACACGUCCUCCUGAAAUCAUCCCGCCUUCAACACGUCCUCCUGACAUCAUCCUGCCUUCAACACGUCCUCCUGACAUCAUCCCGCCUUCAACACGUCCUCCUGACAUCAUCCCGCCUUCAACACAUCCUCCUGACACCAUCCCGCCUUCAACACGUCCUCCUGACAUCAUCCCGCCUUCAACACGUCCUCCUGACAUCAUCCCGCCUUCAACACGUCCUCCUGACAUCAUCCCGCCUUCAACACGUCCUCCUGACAUCAUCCCGCCUUCAACACGUCCUCCUGACAUCAUCCCGCCUUCAACACGUCCUCCUGACAUCAUCCCGCCUUCAACACGUCCUCCUGACAUCAUCCCGCCUUCAACACGUCCUCCUGAAAUCAUCCCGCCUUCAACACGUCCUCCUGACAUCAUCCCGCCUUCAACACGUCCUCCUGACAUCAUCCCGCCUUCAACACGUCCUCCUGACAUCAUCCCGCCUUCAACACAUCCUCCUGACACCAUCCCGCCUUCAACACGUCCUCCUGACAUCAUCCCGCCUUCAACACGUCCUCCUGACAUCAUCCCGCCUUCAACACGUCCUCCUGACAUCAUCCCGCCUUCAACACGUCCUCCUGACAUCAUCCCGCCUUCAACACGUCCUCCUGACAUCAUCCCGCCUUCAACACGUCCUCCUGACAUCCAUCUUUCAUCCCAGUCUUUGAGUCCAGUCUUUUCUCCCGCGGCGCCUCUCUUGUCUCCACACUCGCCUUCAUCCUUCUAG